AUGGAAUUAUGUUGCAUCCUCGUUGCCUUUUCAGCAGUGGUAAACCUAAUGCGUCGUUUUAAACCCAGCAUAGAUAGAUUAGUUGAUGAAACGAGAACAGCUGAGGGCAAGCUCUCAGCUCUGCAGGAGAGUCAGCAUACUAUUGUUGAAAUUGUGGCAACGAAGCUGAAUGAGUUGUUGAAAUCUUUGGCGGUUUUGUACACAGAUAUCAUGCUCAUUGCUGAGAUUAGUUAUGCAGUUCGACGGAUAAACACGCAAAUGCUUGAAAGGCCUUUCCGAUGGAAAGGAGCCGGUUCAUAUUAUUGA